AUGCUGGUGAUCAGGGACGCGCUGCUGUCGCAGCUCCAGAAGGACCAACUUCGCCAGGAGAUCAUCCUGGCCGAGCUCGCCAAGAUAGAGCGCGCCAUGGCCCUGCGCGCCGCCGACGCCGAGCGUGCUAGCCAGGUGGCGCCCUUCUUCUCCUUCCUCGAGGAGACGCCGCACAGCAGAGAGGCGGUUGGACGUGCAGACCAUGGUAUUGUCGCCGCGGAUGUGGAAAACGAUAUGAAGAAGAAGAAGAAGAAAGAUGGAGUGCGCGGGGGUGUAGAACUCGAGUCCCAGAAGCCUGCCACGGGAGAUCUCGUCCGUGAAUGCCUGAAAAUUUCUUGUGGUGCCGGAAACGCUGCAGGUCAGCAAAAUGCAGCUCUUGAUGAGAGCAAACUACAAGAACCCAAUGAGACUACGUUGGCCAAGAAGACGACGCCUUCUUCAGUGAAAUGGAGCUGUGACAUCUGCCGGGUGGGAGCACCCACCGAGGGCCACUUACAACAACAUUUUGCAGGGCAGAAGCACCGGUCUAAAGUAGCAGCCUUUGUAUCAAGAAACAAUGCCAACAGUCAGAAAGCAAAAACAGCUGCUGCGAAGUCCGAAAAUAUGCGGCAAUAUGAUGAAAAGCCACGUCUAACUUGGGACCACCUGAGAGGCAAAAGACACAAAGCAAAGAUCCAAUCCCUGCUGGAAGAAUGCAAGAACAUGGCAGUGAAUUGUGGGUCGCUGAAUUCACAACCAAACAUUGUGACACAGGAUGAAGACAACAACCCUGCUUCAACAUGGAAUUGCAGCCUCUGCCAAGCCAAGUGCAGUCGUCAGUCAGACAUGGCGAACCACCUAAGAGGCAAGAGACACCAGCUGAAUUUUCUGAUUCUACAGGUGGAAAGCAAGCAAUAUCUGACAGAAUGGGGUUGCGGUAUCUGUCAGGCCAAAUGUGACUCUGUAUCUCAGUUUGAGAAUCACUGCAGCAGCAGGGGACACCAACAGAAGGUAGAAGCUCUACGGAAGGGAGGCCAAAUCACAAGCUCAGGUGGUUUCAAGACAGCUAAGGGUGCAAGCACUGAGGAGACGGAGAUACAUAGGGCGACAUACUUUUGCAAACUUUGCAAUUUGCACUGCAACAGCAAGAAUACACUAGCUGAACAUCGAAAGGGGAAGAAUCACACAGAGAAGGUGGAGAAACGGAUGUCGUUGAGUUUUUGCGAGGUUUGCAAUCUGCAGUGCAACAGCGAAAAGAUGCUUGCUCACCAUCGUACUGGGAAGGCCCAUUUGGCAAAGCUGAACUACUGCUGA